AUGUGGCUAAAGAAGAUGAUAACAUUGAAUUUUUGUUACCGAAAUUUCCUUCGCUUUCUCUUUCCCCUUCCCCAGAUUUGGGCAGAGGCACUUUCACUAAAAGGAAAAAGACUGGAUUUUUAUGGAAGAGUUGACACGCAUGUGAGCCUGACCAACACGGUUCCUGAACUCAGUCGAUUCACGGCAUGCAUUGACCUGGUGUUUGCGGAUGACAAAUUAAGUGAUUGGAUGGCCUUCUCCUAUAUUACUAAUAACACCUUCCUGGGCAGAGAAGACAUAGACCUUGGACUUGGAGGAGACCAUCAGCAGCUAAUACUAUACAACUUGGGCAAGACCUUUUAUAUCCAUUACCACCUGACUCCCUUUCAGUGGCAUACAAUCUGCUUGAUAUGGGAUGGUGUGAAGGGUAGAUUCGAGCUCUAUCUGAAUACAGAAAGGAUACUGGUAAUGAUGGAUCAACCGCAAAACCUGACACCUAAUGGGACUCUGAUUCUAGGACAUUUUCUCACGAACUGGGACACCCAGGUAGGAAGCACGCUGCCUGGUUUUACUGGCAGCUUGUACUACUUUCAACUCUGGGACCACAUCCUGGAAAAUGAGGAGUUUCUGAAGUGUGUGGGUGGAAACGUUGUUAGCUGGGAAGAAGAUGCUUGGCUCAUCAACAGGAUCAUCCCAACUGUUGACAUGAGACUGCGCUGCUUUGUUUCUGAAAAUAUAACAAUUCAAGAAAUGAGCACAACUCUUUCACAACAAAUAGAUUUGACAACUCCAUCCCAAGUUACUGGACUAAAACCACAAGAGACGAUAUAUUCUUCUACAAUGACGUUUAAAAGCAUCAUGCCUCUUUUUGCAACUGAUUAUACAACCGUAUCAUAUUCCAAUACAACAUCUCCACCUCUGGAAACAAUGACUGCACCAAAAUUUUUGAAGACACCCGUAGCUGAGACAACCAGAUUCACGGCAGACAUUUUGUCUACUUCAGCGGCCAUCACUCUGCCUACCAAGAGUACCUCUAUAGGCACUACUACCAACUCCAUGAAGAUAACUAAAUCCCCAUCUUCAGAGAGCACAAGGACAACAAAAAUGGCUGAAGCCAUUGCUACUGAGACCUUUCAUCCAACUACAGCUACGAAUUUUCUAUACAUGUCCGGACUUACCAAGAAUUCAAUUAUAUCCAAGACUUCAGUGACUGGAUCUCAGUCAACCAUUAGGAAGACAACAUCUUUAUUCUCAUCUGCUGAGUCGAUACCCAUAUCUACAACAUCUUGGCCCAAACACAAAUCCACAGGUAUGGAUGCACCUUCAAUCGCCACAGCUAGCCAGGAGUUUCUUGCCUUUACAGCUGCUGGAACAGUACCUUGGUCCACGGUGGAAGAGACUUCAGCUACAACUACUCACGUUGGGACUGCAUCAACAUUCCCACCUGAGUCUGUGCUCAGCUCCACAGUUGCUCCAGUGGAUUCUGUAUUUCCUAGAAAUCAGACAGCAUCCACAUUGGAGACUGGCAUGGAAAUAGCAUCUCCAGUUCAUUCAAAAACGCUCCCAACUAGGCCUAUUGAGAUGAUGCCUGUGCUAACAGCUGAAACAGAAUUGACAUCUACAAAUUUCCAAGACGUCUCUUCACCCAGAAUGGUGGAUACAAUAUCUACCUUCAUACCAAAAAGGGCCUCUUCUGUGGCCCUUUCUUUCAAGACAUCCUCCCCGUUCACCAGAGCUCAGAGUGUACAGCCAGUUAUUGAUGCUGAGACUACACACACAGCCUUGACUCUUGGGGUCACACUUGCACCCAAGGCAACUGACACUCUACUUCCCCCCAUAACACCUGGGCCAGUAUAUACCCAGAAUACACCCACAGGUGGCGGAAUGCUUCCUUUGAAUGCCACUAGAUCAGCUUCCACAUUCAAGGCGUCUGAGUCUGGUCACACAUCGAUAACUGAUGAUGGUGCCCAUCUGUUCGCUACCAAUGAAACCACGUGGACUCCCAGGCCAGACCAGACCUUGUGGACAUCAGCGUUCCAUGGGAGCGCUUCUAAUGCGGGACAUUCAUCCACUGCUAGCACUGCUACUACCCCACCAGAAGCCCCCUCCGGAAGCGAGGCUACCACUAUCACUGAUGCUAGCGUGACUGCUGGUGCCUCUACAGACAGAUACGCAACAGCUCUAUCCACGCUCACGACUUCAUGGCUUGCUAAUUUCACCACAGUUUCCGGAACCACAUCUGUAACCAAAUUGCCUGAGAUUAAACUUACCACUUUAGGACACAAAACUACUCCUCUGCCCACAGCAGCUGGAGGUGAGCUUCUUUCAACACCAAGGGAGACAUUGGUUCCACCGGUAGAUAUCAUACCUACCCUUGCUGACAUUGGACCAAAUGUCUCUACUGAGGAGAGCGCUAACGGUCUUGCGACAAGGACAGAAACAGCUUCCCGGUAUCUUGAGGGAAAAUCAACUCUAGCAGUGACAACUGAGCUUUCCCCAUUUGCAACAAUGCUGGAAGCAACAGAAUCUGCACAAAUGGUAACAGCCUCUGUCACCGUUUCCCCUUUUCCUGACGCAGAAAAGUUGACCACCCCGUUGGAUGAUAAAACUGCAACCACUGAGGUGAGAGGAAGUUGGAUUUCUACAAAAUCGAUGGAAACCACACCUAAGAGCUCCUACGACGGAACCACAGAAAUCUUUAAUUCUGCCCACACCCACACAGCACACUGGACUUCAGAGGCUCCACCGGAGGGAAAUCCAACUCCAUCUCCCAAUUCUGGGAGCACACAGACAUUCCCUGAACCCUUGGGUGCUUCCACCACAAGGAUUUGGGGAACCAGUGUUGCCACUCUCCCUACAGACAUGACAGCUAUGUCCUUGUCUGCUGGCAUCUUGUCUCCACAGCCUACUGCUACCCAUUCCUCAGCAGCCCCUGCGCCAUCAGCUAUGGUGACCACAGCAUCCGCAUCACCAUUGGAUCAGACAGCUUCCACGACCAGCGAUACAGUGCCUACCCACAGACACUCGGUUCCCACCACUUCAGAAGCCACAGUGUUCUCUGUCAGGAUGACACCCACGGCAGUUCCCUCUCUGACAGAGACUCCAGUCGCCUCGUGGAGGCCUCCCACUCCCGUGGCAACUAAGGCCGAGACCACCUUUCUCUUCACCUCAGCUGACACAGUAACCCCAUUUACACCCACUCUUGUCUGCUCUAAAUCUCUCCCCAGCAACAUUCCUGUUGUGUCCUCCACCCAUGUGAUUUCAACUACGUUGACACCAGGAGCAACCCAGCCCAUAUCUCAAGGGGAGGAGACUUCUACCCACGCUCUCAGCCUUCCGUACACUCUCAGCAGCAGUGAGAAUGUAGUUAGCUUGGCUCCUAGCUCCACAGAAACUUCUGUUGUUGAUGAGACCAUGCCCUCACACACCUCUGCCAAUAAGCUUCCAGUAGAUGGUCACAUUUCUCAGUCUCCAACAGGUCUUGGAAACACACUGGUCCCCACCCUAUUAGUGACUGACAUUUCUACCAUAUCUUCUGACAAAGAGCGGACGGCCAUAUCCCCGGGAAACGCCCCUAGAACUAUGGAGGCGACAGAAACGUCCCCAUCAAAGAAUCCUUUUAUUUCAGACUCCCAGAGUACUUCAUCCUUGGAAAUGACAGAGACAGGAUUUGCUGAGACCACAACAAUUUCCAGUCACCAAACACAUUCACCUUCAGAGUUUCCACUUGCAACUCCACCUGACAAGAUUUCAGCUUCAUCUCCCACUUCUGGGACUAUACAGACUACACCUACCUCUCUCUCAAGUCACACAGUAGAUGCUCACAUUCCAGAAAUGUCUACCAGUCUUGGGAAAACAGCCCUCCCUUCACAAGCCCUGACAAUUACCACAUUUUUGUCUCCUGAAAAAGAAAGCAUCAGUGCCCUUUCAGUAUAUACUCCCAGGACUGAGAAAAUGAUAGGAAGUACCACCUCUGUGACUCACCCUUUCUCAUACCGCCAGGGUACUUCAUCUGUAGACACCAUAACUUCCAGGACAACAAGAAUAUCCAGUCCUGUAAAUGUCAACACAACCCUUUCAUACUCGCUUUCCCCUAAGACUCAAACUGAGGUGACUUCAGUUGCUUCUCCCAUUUCUGAAAGUACACAGACCUUCCCUGAGUCCCUAUCUCUUUCCACAACUGGACUAGCUAGUGCCAAUUUUACAGUCGUCUCUGCUGAUGGGAUCACUGCGGCCCUGUCUGCUCCAAAUGCACCUAUGGUACUUCUUGGGAAAACCUCUGUGGCGACAUCGACUCCUAUCUACCAGAUGUCCUCACUGCCAGUCAGUGUCACUGCCUUCAGCUCCAAAAGAGUUUCUGACACUCCCACAAUACCAAUAAAGAAAUCUUCUAAAAUAGCACACCCAGACUAUUUGAAAAGUCCCUCCAUAGCCACUUCUGGGCCUAUGUCUGAGAUGCCCUCAAUGUCAGUUAAUGGCUCUGCUUUCUCACCUCCAGCUGUUUCUUUUGACACUUCCACAAGAGUUGGAUCAUUCUCUUCAUUAUUGUCUACCCCUAAGACUACUAUGACCCUACAAACAUCUACAUUGGAUGUCGCACCUGGGCCUACUUCAAAAAGUGCACUGUCUUCCUCUGCUUCCUUUACUUCAGGAAUGUUGGAGGUGUCCUCCAGGAUCACACCUACAUCCUCUUCCUCUCUGACACAGCCAACUUUCCCCUCUGUGAAAACCAUUCCAGCCACUGUUAUGGCGGGGAUAGCGAUUCCAUCUGUAGGUACCGCUGCCUCCUCUCUACUCGGUUCUAGGAACACUGAAGCUAUUUCUUCCAUUCCAAAGACCACAUUUUCACCAUUUCGAUCAACAACUCGGCACUCGUCACAAAGAGAUGAGACUACAACUCUGGGCAUAUUAUCUCUCACAAACACUUAUUCCAGAACUGCUGCCCUUGAAAGUGUGCUUUCAUCUACUCCGUCAGAUAAUCUCUAUACUUCAUUGAAUAUUCAGGUUUCCCCAUCUUUGACGAGCUUUAAGAGCACUCCUGGACCCACAGAAAGGGUAAAAGCCACCACUUACCUUUCUUCGAAUACAGAUAAGAUGACUCCCUUGUCAGAAAAUACUUCAGCAGCUGAACUAACAAAAGGUGCCACAUCUGUGGUUACCCCUGUUUUGUACCCCCCACAGACUCCAUCCAUCGCAAUGCCACCCUCUGUGACAUCAUUUCUUUUUUCACCUCAUAGUACUGAAGCCAAGUUCUCCACUCCAGAGACUUUUUUCCCUCUUACGUCCCAAACGGUUGAAUUUCCAGUUCUGGGAACGAGAAUCACAUCUGGUAACACCCAGUCUCUGCUUAUGACUUCCUGGAACACACCCACAGCUAAAGGUUCUCAAUUUCCAAUUUCCACCACUACUCAUACACCUACACCCUGCAAGGUGGAAACAGAGACUCCAUACCUUGUUCCUGGGUCUUUGUCAACAUUCACAGCUUCUCUCACUGGUCUGGUAUCUGGAGAUGUUAUGGCAAAGUCAUCAAUUCCCACGUCAGGAAUUCUUCCUACGUUGGAGAUGUCUGACAGCCCUUCAUCACCAAUAUCUUCAAGACCUACCACUAUCACUUUGGCUGACAUUAAGCACACAUUUGAGAAGACAGCUACAUCUGUAACUCCUGGGACUACCCUCGCAUGGAAUCCUUCUGGUGCCACUUCAGGAUCUAUACUUUCAGAGGCUACUAGUUCAUCCAUGCUGGCUUGGAUUUCAUCUACUCUCCCUUCGGGUUCUCCACUGGCAACUGUACCCGGUAUUUCUCACACUCUAACUUCUUCUCCAGUAGAGGUGUCAAAGUCUGCAUUUCUGACUUCUGACACCAUACCAGCGCGCUCAUUCACUCACUUGGCAACACUACCCUUUGCUGCUGUAAGCACCGCACUCACCCAAACCACUCCUACACCUACAGUGGGCAGUAUCACUACUGGCUUCCCAAUUUCUCUCCCCGUAUCUAUACAAAUCCCAGCUGACAGUGCAUACACUUCUAAAUCCCCCGAGGCAUCUCCCAGAACCACUGUGACUGCCAACUCCAGGACCGUGUCUCAACCUCUACCCUUUAGCAGAAUGAGUAGGUCACCUCCUGCAAGUGACCACAUCCUAUCUAUUAGUUCUGAGCUUCCGCCUCGCCCUGCAGGAACAUCUGCAUGGAGCAGAAUCCCAGCUGCAUCAGCAUGCCCUACUUUAGUUCUUCCUAAGCCCACGCUGGACUCCUUUCCAAAUAUAACCACCACUACACUUACGGCUGCCUCAUUUCCACUCACAUCCACUGGAGUAACACAUCCUUCUACAGCGGCUUUGUCUUCACUACUCUCUUCCUCUUCUGAGACAACCCAGUUGGACUCCACACCUUCUUUUCUGUCUAUGGAAACAGCAACUUCCCUUACAGCCACUAAGUCCAUAGUUUCCUUCUACAAUAUUGAAAUGAGCUUCUCUGUGUUUGAUAAAGAGCCAAGGAUCCUUAUUACCAGUGUUGUAAAUGAAUUUGUAGAAAAUUGGUUGAAUUCUAUAUUUCAGGACAGUGAAUUUGCUCUUGCUAAUCUGGCUAUUCAAAUCAAAACCAGAGACUCUUCUGAGGGGGAAAUAACCAUGGACCGCAUUAUUUUGGAACAGAGAGAAGGGCAAGGAAUGGCUACAAUUUCCCAUGUACCGUCCAGCUAUGUUUGUCAGACCAUCCUAAAGGCCAGCUCUUCCUUAGCAGCCACCGAAUUGAUUAGCAGGAUCAAAAGUAAAAUACAUGGCAACCUCACCCAUGGAAACUUCACCAAAGGUCAACUGACGUUAAUAGUAAAAUCUGAACACGUUGCGGUGAAAAAACUAGAGCCAGGAAGGUGCAAAGCCCAGGAAACAGUCUCUAAAUACAAAGGGACCUGUAAGUGGCUCUUAACCAACCCUACUGAGACAGCCCAAGCUAGGUGCAUAAAAAACAGGCAUGGAAAUGCUACUAGGAUCUGCUCAAUCAGUAUCCACACUGGCAAAUCUCAGUGGGAAAAACCAAAGUUGAAACAAUGCAAACUGCUUCAGGGACUUCCUGAUAAGAUCAUGGAUCUUGCCAACAUUACUAUCAGUGAUGAGAAUGUGGAUGAUGUUGCAGAGCACGUUUUAAAUUUAAUAAAUGCAUCCCCCAUUCUGGAUGAAGAAGAAACAAAGAUUAUUGUUUCUAAAGCAUCUGAUAUUUCCCAGUGUGAUGAGAUAAGUAUGAAUCUAACCCAGAUUAUAUUACAAAUAAUCAAUGCUGUUUUGGGAAAACAAAACAAUUCAGCCUCUCAUCUGCAUGAAGUGAGAAAUGAAAUUCUGAGGACAAUCGAGCGUGCUGGUCACAAGAUGGAGUUUUCUGGGAGGACAGCAAAUCUGACGGCAGACAGGCUGGCGUUGGCCGUUGUGCAGAUGGACCACACAUUUGAAGGCAUGACCUUCGGCAUUCGCUCCUAUGAAGAAGGUGCAGACCUUGAGAUUUACCUGGAUGAGGUCCCUCUGGGAAGGAAUUUGGCUUCCGUAUACUUGCCUAAAUCACUGAGGGAGAGAAUUCUUCCUAGCAACUUACAGACCAUCUUGUUUAAUUUUUUUGGCCAAACUUCGCUCUUUAAGACUGGAAGCGCCACGAAAGCACUAAGCACCUUCGUAGUGAGUGCCAGCCUUUCAGAUACGCCCGUUGAAAACUUGGCUGAGCCAGUGGUUAUCAAUCUGCAGCAUGUUGAAGGAAACCAGAAUUAUGAUUGGGUUCACUGUGCCUUUUGGGACUUUGGGAGUAACAAUGGGCAAGGUGGAUGGAAUUCAUCAGGCUGUAAAGUAAAGGAAACGAACGUAAAUCACACAAUCUGUCAGUGUGACCACCUCACCCAUUUUGGAGUCUUAAUGGAUUUAUCCAGGUCUGCAAUGGAUGCAGUGAAUGAAUGGAUAUUAGUGCUGAUAACAUACAUUGGAUGUGGAAUCUCCUCCAUUUUCCUGGGAGUUGCAAUAGUGAUAUACAUAGCUUUUCAUAAGGAUGCUGCAUACUUAUUCAGCACUCACAAUAUCUCUAUGAGAAAGAUUUCAUCAUUAUUCCCAUUUAAUGGAAUCCCAGCGAUCAUGGUGGCAAUCACACUCAGCGUGAAAAAAGAUCUGUAUGGAACUCUGAGCUCAGCGACCCCAUUUUGUUGGAUUAAAGAUGUCUUUUACACCUCAGUUGUGGCUUAUUUUUGCCUCAUAUUUCUAAUGAAUCUUUCCAUGUUCUGCACUGUUCUCGUUCAACUGAAUUCUAUUAACUCCCAAAGCCGGAAGCCUCAGCGGAGGAUGACCCUGCAUGAUCUCAAAGGCACAAUGAGCCUGACAUUCUUACUUGGCCUCACCUGGGGGUUUGCUUUUUUUGCCUGGGGACCUGUGAGGAUCUUGUUCUUAUAUCUUUUUGCCAUUUUCAACACAUUGCAAGGAUUCCUCAUUUUCGUGUUUUACUGCUGGAUGAAGGAGAGUGUGCGGGAGCAGUGGCAGAUACACCUCUGUUGUGGGUGGUUACGACUGGAUAACUCUUCCGAUGGGGACAGCAGGUAUGGGCUACAUGUUGGGUAUAAACAAGAGAGACUGAAGAAAACCUUCCAGGACAAAUUGUUGACACCAUCCCUCAAGUCGACUGCCACGAGUUCUACCUUCAAAUCUUCAGGCUCUGCACAAUGCACUCUUUCAGAAAUCAGCUUCCCAAAUGGUGACUUUGAUGAAGAUCCCUACUGUUUCUCUCCCUUGAGUUGUGAAGUUGUGCCUAAUUAUGUGGGAAGAAUAUUACCUGUGGAAGUCAAAAUGAGUUCCACUCACAAAGAUUUCUUGACUAAUUCCCAGCAGAGAUACCCACCUCCCCCCAGCCCCAGAUUAGGGAAAAUGUUGGGUUUGUGA